AUCACCAAUGACUCAGUAGGAUUUGACAACUUCCUUCUCCGAACUUCUAUAAAUGGGUACCUUCAUUCCUCUCAUUCCUUCACAAAACUUUCUAAAAAUUGUUCCAUAAGAAUCCUGAGAGUGGGGGGGGGGGGGGGGGGNNGCAGUCUAAUAUUGUUGGUUGCCGCCGAGGUCGUUGGAGUUGGGAGUAAUAAUCGCCGGAAGCUUCACCAGAAAAUUUCCAAAGCCUCUGUUUAAGCUCGAGCGGCGGCGAUAUUGAGCAGUAGGAGAGAGCAGAAAAAUGGAGGCCGGAGACGAAGCAAUAGAGAUAUUGGACUCCAAAGACAUGCAGCAGCAGAGCAAAGCCUUGGACAAGCUGACCGAUCAUGUCGAAGAUCGUCAGCUCGACUCCUCGCGCGUCCAAUCGGCUAUGGCUUCAAUUUCUGCAGCUAAGGAAGCUGAUCUUCAAGUUAUGAGAAUGAGAGAGAAUGAACUAGCGGCUGUCAAGAUAAAUGCUGGUGAUGUUGAUGUAAUUGCCAAUGAACUCGAGGUUGACAGGAAGGUUGCCGAGAGGACACUGCGAGAGCAUAAGGGCGAUGCUGUUGCUGCAAUAAGGCACUUGCUCAAUGCAAACGUGUAGCGCUUGCCCUUCUCACGAUGAUCUUCUUGUCCAUGUAUUCUGUCUCUAACUAUGUCCUGGCAUUUGAGGUAUUCUUAUGUUUGGCACAAUGCUUCCUUCCAUUCAAAGAGCGCAUCCGAAUAGAGAUAGAGAUAGUUCAUUCUGAUUAAACACUCGACCCAUUCUGUUUCUCUGCUUAAUUUAAUAUUGCAUCAAACAAUCGUUUUUGCUUUGUGAAAAUAAUAGAUGAAAUUAAAAUGACGCAUUAAACUGUCAUUGCCUUAUACUACGGUACGUUGUCGUGUUUUGGGUAGUAAAUGUAUCUCAAUGGA